CGAGAGAAGAAGAAAAAGAAGCAGAAGAAAAAGAAGCAGAAGAAGAAAACGGUUUUGUGUAGCGCGUGGAAAAUGAAGCGAAAGGAGAAGUAGCAGUCAUAGCAACUAUUUGAAUGUUUCAGUUAACUAGCACCUUUGAACUAUUGUAAUAUAUGCUGUAAAUUAGUUUUAGUUAGCUAAAAGGCACAACCAUGUAAUAAUUUAGCUACUUUCCUUUCUACUAAGGAAACGUUAGCUAACUAGACACGUUGUUUUUGUCAAUAUUUACGUUACAGCUCACAGGUCAACCUUAAGUCAACGUAUGUGAUCAUUUAUAUCACAAAAACAGACACUUUCUUGGGUCAGUAACAUUUUAAAUAUGGAUAAAUCCACCGUGUUAAACACAGCAGGUGGAGAUAAAUGUUAUAUCUGCCUGAGCCCCUUUGAAGAGCAACAAGUGGCCUCUCUGGAGAACUGCCAGCAUGUCUUUUGUCUUGAAUGUAUUCUGCAAUGGUCCCAGACAGCCACCACUUGCCCGGUGGAUCGGAUCAGUUUUGCUGUCAUCCACCAGAGAUGGUGUCCUGGAGGGGACAUUCAAAAGAAGAUCAAAGUGAAGACGAAGACAAAGGAAGAUGAGGAGGAGGAGGAGGAGGGGAGGAGCAAUAAUGUAAUCUGCGAGGAAUGUGGACGCAGCAACCGCAGGCACCGGCUGCUCGUGUGCAUACACUGUGAUUCAGGGUAUCAUAUGGACUGCUUGACACCAUCGUUAAACGCAGGCCCUGAAGGCGACUGGAUUUGUGCUGAGUGUGCAGUCACUCCUCAGCAUUCAGACGGCUCCAUGUUGGAGGGGGACAUCAGUGAUGGAGAACUAACAGACCUCCUCGUCGAAGUAGAUGAAACUGCAUCUACCAGCAGUCGCCUUCGGCCCUCCACCCUAAAUCGUCCCAGCAGCUCCACUGAGCGACGACACAGCCAGAGGAUCCAGAGCAGCUCCAGCGCCAAUCCUCCACCUGUGCCCCAAACCUCCUGGCAUGUACCUAAAUACCUCUUACGGGCAUCGAAGCCUGCAGUCCCAACAGAGGAAGCUGCUGCACUUCAUCACAGUGAUACCAGCGGAGCUUCAGUCAGGUUAAAGACUAGAAAAAGACGGAAGCGUGCAACUUGAGCUCCUGACGAGAUCGUGUGCAGCAUCCCUGCCUGAUAAAGGUGCUACUGUCAAAGAUAUCCACACGGUGGCAGCAUUGUGUUAUAAACAUAAACGUUAUGUGAAACAUCGGACCAGAACCUGACUGCUGGGGCUUUUUUGUUUCAUUUUAACAGUGACGGUGUUUGCUAUCCUUCAGGCAAGGCAAGUUUAUUCAUAUAGCACAUUCAGAGUGCGUUACAUAAAACAUCCAAAGCAUUGAGACAAAGUUAAAAAGAAACACACAACAAAAGGACAUUGAAGAGCCAGAAAUAUUAAAAGAAGCUCAAGUAGAAUAAGAAAGGUACAACAUACAGUUUAA